AUGGUGCCCGAUAAACAGGGGCUGCGAGAUGAGACCCUCACCCUCAUUUCCGCAGGAAAUGGCAAUACAGGUAUUCCAAAUACGGUCACCCUACUUUACAUUGUUUACAACCAAGAAAUUCAGGACCGGUUGUUGGCCCAGUUGAAGACGGUGAUGCUACGGCCGGACUCUCAUGUGAACUACAGCAAACUAGAGCAGCUGCCAUAUCUAACAGAGGUAAUCAAGAAAGGUUUACGAUAUUCAUCUCCUGCCGACUCACGCACACCACGUCUAGUCCUCCCACGGGGAGUCCAUCUUCCUGACAGCCGAUUUAUCCCCGAAGGGGACUCGCGUGUGAAUGGCAAUUUACCACACCCGCUACAACGAGACACUCUUUGA